UUAGGUCCUCUAAAGUCCCUCUGAAUGUGUAUGUGCAUGUAUGUAUGUAUGUAUAUUGCAUGUGAAAUUUGAAAGUCUCGCUCUGAAGAUCUCCUUUAGCGUUUGUUUCCGGGAAGAAGCAGACAGGAGGAAGUAUGGAGAUACCGGACAUGUCAGAUAAACUUCUUUGCAGCAGACAAUAAAACAACUGAACACAGAAGACGACGAUAAAGCAAGAAUGUUUGCUCUUUUCUCUCUAAUCUGUCUGCUUGUGAUCCCAGGAAUGUGUAGCCAAAACUGGACAGUGAAGUAUUCAGACAGAGUAAAAUGUGUCUUAAAGGGCUCAACCAUAUUUCUGUUAAGCAAUUUCACAUAUCCUGAUGGUCUCAAUUUAACUAAGAUAUUUUGGACCAUAGAUCCAGUAAAAGAUAAGGAGACGCCCGAUCUGUCUGAAGUACCAGAAUAUAAAGGCAGAGUUAAAUACAUUCUGGGUAAGAAACAAAAAUUCAUUCUCAAACUGAGUAAGGUAAGAUAUGAGGAUGAACAUAUGUACUGCAUCAGAAUCGUGACAAAUGUAAAAAAACAACAAUAUUUGGGUCAUCCUGGAGUUCAGCUGAAAGUGACAGGGCUCAGGGUUAAGAUUCACAAUGAGGGAAAUUCUGCAGUUUUAUUUUGUAAAACCACAUGCAACCUUACAAGCAGCACAAACUUUAUCUGGUAUAAAAACAAAAGUCCUUUAUCAGAAUCAUUCAGUAAUAAACUGAUACUGCAGUCUGUGAGCAGUGAUGAUGCAGGAAACUACAGCUGUGCUGUGAGAGGAAAACGUCUGAAAUCUCCAGCUGUCACACUGAUGAUUCCUACAGAGAGCCUUGUUGUGAGUAAGGUUACAUUGGGAGUGACACUGGCUGUUGUCAUCACAUCUGUGUCUGUGAACAUUUUGGUUGUCUUGGUACUUGUAGGGAUCUGUAUCAGAAGGAAAAGAGUGACAUCAGAUGUUCAAAACAACACAAAUCUACAGCACCAUAAAACGAUGGAGUCUACUGAAAAGCCUUACAUGACCCUUGACCCCAAGACCACGAGUGCUGAUUAUGAUACACUGGAUAAUGCAAGUGAAUCCACUGAUAACAGACAAUCUUGAAAGCACACAGCUGCCAUCAAAAACAGCUGGAGAGGACCGAAAAUAUAAUGACAUUAAACACUGGAUGUUUGUUUUUAGUGGAUAGUAAAGUGGUUUAUAGUUAAGGUCUAGUAACAGUAAGUGCUGGCAGCAACUUGGUGCAAUUCAAAUGAAUUCAUAUCAGCGUCAUCUAUGCUAAAAUACUGUUGUAUUUUAAUGAGUAUUUCUGUCAAGAUACAUCUUUAACUAACAUUGUGUAGUUACUGCUAUCUGCCUCUAGAUGUCAGGUUGGUAAGAGUUGAAUCUUUAAAGAUGUAAAGUGAACUUUCUGUUUUAUAUAUUAUUUACUCAACACUUUUGACAGAGAUUCUGUAUUGGCAAAUUAUUUAUUUGACAUAAAACAAACAUAUUGAUGUAAUGAUCUGGAAAGUUUUGUCAGGAUGUGAGGAGGAUGAUCUCAUUUCUUUUUUAGACCGUAAUUUGACAUAUUACUGAAUAAAAUCUAGAUGGUCAGAAUUGAGAGGACAUGUUGCUUUAGCUUCCUUUUGCCUUAUACAUCUUAAUUAUCGGUUA